AUGAAAAUUGAAAAAUAUUUUCAUAACUCGAUUUAUAUAUGGAAAAUAUUUUCGAUAAUACUUCCAAUUUCCAACGGUAAAACAAAAUAUUUGACGACUGCAGAUGACGACGCCGGUGAAGGUUCAAGAAAGAAUACCCUGACUCCGGCGCUCUGUGACUGUCGACGGGAGCAAAAACCUAAUUUCGAGUCAAUGGCCUGUGUGUAUAUUCCGGUACAGAACUCGGAGGAGGAGGUACGAGUGGCUCUGGACCAACUUCCUAGAGACGCAACUGACAUCCUUGACAUUCUUAAGGCGGAACAAGCGCCUCUCGAUCUCUGGCUCAUUAUCGCGAGGGAGUACUUUAAACAAGGAAAAGUUGAGCAGUUUCGCCAAAUUCUUGAAGAAGGGUCCAGUCCAGAAAUCGACGAAUAUUAUGCAGACGUGAGAUAUGAAAGAAUUGCCAUCUUAAAUGCCCUUGGUGCCUAUUUUAGCUACCUAGGAAAAAUCGAGACAAAACAAAAAGAAAAAGAAGAUCAUUUCAUUUUGGCUACAAAAUACUACAACAAAGCCUCCAGAAUCGAUAUGCAUGAACCUUCUACUUGGGUUGGUAAAGGUCAGCUUUUACUAGCUAAAGGAGAUGUGGAUCAGGCUUUUUCUGCAUUCAAGAUUGUGUUAGAUGGAGACCGAGAUAAUGUUCCUGCCCUUCUUGGCCAUGCUUGUGUUGAGUUCAACCGUGGGAAAUACUCAAAUUCAUUGGAGAUUUACAAGAGGGUCUUGCAAGUAUACCCUGAAUGUCCUGCAGCUGUUCGACUUGGCAUAGGUCUCUGUCGAUACAAAUUAGGUCAAUUUGAGAGGGCAAAGCAAGCAUUUGAACGUGUGUUGCAGUUAGAUCCAGAAAAUGUUGAGGCCCUUGUGGCACUUGGAAUUGUGGAUUUGCAAUCAAAUGAAGCUUCUGGUAUUAGGGGAGCAAUGGAAAAGAUGCAAAGAGCCUUUGAUGUCUAUCCAUACUGUGCAACUGCUCUAAAUUAUCUGGCAAAUCAUUUCUUCUUCACUGGCCAACAUUUUCUGGUUGAGCAAUUGACUGAAACAGCCCUUGCUGCAACUUCUCAUGGCUCAACAAGAGCACAUUCCUAUUAUAACCUUGCACGUUCAUAUCAUAGCAAGGGUGAUUAUGAAAAGGCUGGAUUGUACUACAUGGCAUCUGUAAAAGAAGUGAAUAAGCCUCAAGAGUUCAUUUUACCUUUCUAUGGUUUGGGACAAGUGCAACUGAAAUUGGGAGACUUUAAAAGCUCUCUUUCAAAUUUUGAAAAAGUCUUGGAAGUUUAUCCCGAGAAUUGUGAGACAUUGAAGGCUGUUGCUCACAUCUAUCUUCAGCUCAACCAACCUACCAAGGCUCAUGAAGCUCUGAAAAAAGCUGUCAGAAUUGAUCCACGUGAUCCUGAGGCUUUUCUUGAUCUUGGAGAAUUGUUGAUUUCAACGGACUCUGGAGCUGCUUUAGAUGCAUUUAAAACUGCACGAAAUCUUUUAAAAAAGGCAAAUGAAGAAGUAUCAAUUGAGCUUCUCAACAAUAUUGGUGUCAUUCAUUUUGAAAGAGGAGAAUUCGAGCUUGCUCAACAAACUUUUAAGGAGGCUCUUGGUGAUGGAAUAUGGGUGAAGCUAAUAGAUAGUGAAGCACAAUCUGAUUCUUUCAGAAAGGUGUUACAUCAACCAAUGGAUGCCAGUUUAGCUGCUCGAAUGUACAAAGACAUGCAAUUGUUUCAUAAUCUUGAGAAAAAUGGUAUUUCAGUGGAAUUACCAUGGGACAAAAUUACAACAUUGUCCAACCUUGCUAGACUGUUUGAACAGUUGCAUAAAACAGAAACUGCUAGCAUUUUAUAUCGUCUCAUCUUGUUCAAGUUUCCAGAGUAUGUAGAUGCUUACUUAAGGCUUGCUGCUAUUGCAAAAGCACGAAAUAAUGUCCCACUCAGCAUUGAAUUGAUUCGUGAUGCUUUGGAGGUGGAUGACAAAAACCCAGAUGCAUUGUGUAUGUUAGGUGACUUAGAGCUUAAAAAUGAUGAUUGGGUCAAGGCAAAAGACACCUUUCGUGCAGCUAAAGACGCAUCUAAUGGAAAAGAUUCUUAUGCUACUCUUUGUCUGGGGAACUGGAAUUACUUUGCAGCAGUAAGAUCUGAGAAAAGAGCUCCUAAGUUGGAAGCUACACAUUUAGAAAAAGCCAAGGAGUUGUACACAAAGGUUUUGGUAGAGCAUCCAGCUAAUAUGUAUGCUGCAAAUGGUGCUGGUGUGGUGUUGGCUGAAAAAGGUCAAUUUGAUAUUGCAAAGGAACUCUUUACACAGGUUCAAGAAGCUGCAAGUGGAAGUGUUUUUGUCCAGAUGCCAGAUGUAUGGAUAAAUUUAGCACAUGUUCAUUUCGCUCAAGGCAAUUUCCCAUUAGCCAUUAAAAUGUAUCAAAAUUGUUUACGGAAAUUUUACUACAACACAGACAGUCAAAUCCUUCUGUAUUUAGCGCGAACACAUUAUGAAGCUGAACAAUGGCAGGAUUGUAAAAAGACAUUACUCAAAGCCAUUCACUUGGCACCUUCAAAUUACACAUUAAGAUUCGACACAGGUGUUACCUUACAAAAGUUUUCAGCAUCUACAUUACAAAAGACAAAAAGGACUGUUGAUGAGGUGAGAGCAACGGUUGCUGAGCUGAAAAAUGCAGUUCGGUUAUUCAGUCAGUUAUCAGCAGCUUCAAAUUUACAGAUUCAUGGGUUUGAUGAGAAGAAAAUUGAAACACAUGUUGGAUACUGUAAGCAUUUGCUUGAGGCUGCAAAAGUGCAUUGUGAUGCUGCUGAGCUGGAAGAUCAACAAAAUAGACAUAGACUAGAACUUGCUAGACAAGCAGCCAUACGUGAGGAAGAGAGUCGAUUAGCUGAAGAGCAGAAGAAAGUGAAGUUGGAAAAAAGGAAACAAGAGGAUGAGCUGAAAAAGGUGAUGCAACAGGAACAGCAUUUAGAGCGUAUUAAGGAACAUUGGAAGAGUAGCAGUGGGUCUAAGAGAAAAGAUAGAGGUCAAGAGGAUGAGGAGGGUGGACAAGGUGGCGAAAGGAGAAGAAGAAAGAGUAGCAACAAAAAGAGAAAGAGAGACAAGAAGCCCAUGGAUGAUGAUCAACAAGAUUAUGAAGAAACAAACUACUACCAACCAGACAAUCAAACAAACGAUAAUGAUAAUGAUAAUCCACAAGAUCUUCUCGCAGCUGCUGGCCUUGAAGACUCCGAUGCAGAUGAUGACGCAGGUGGUGCACCUUCAUCAAAUACAGGAAGAAGAAUACGGGGGUGGCCAGAAUCUGAAGAGGAUGAGCCGGGAAAGAGGCAACCUAGUUCCAGUCCAGUUAGAGACAACUCUGCUGAGAUGCAACUAAGUGAUGGAGAAUAAAUAGUCAAAGAUGGAGAUAGGUCAGUUUCUCAGUAUCUUUCUUUUUAAUUAACUUGAAAAAUUGUAUAAUUAUUUACUACUACAAAUUACUUUAGUUUUGUACAUUAUAUUUGGUAAUUCCAUCAUAUAUUAUUCAUAUAUGCGUGAAGGAAGGUACUCUGAACUCUGAACCUGAAAAAGGGAUUUAAGGUAGUGUAGUUGAGUUGAGUUGAGUUGAGUUGAGUUGGAUUGGAUUGGAUUGGAUGAUCAGUUGUGGGGUUUCUUUAAAAGAAAGACUGAUACUUGUUGAUUUUUAUUAAUGAAUAAUAAUAAUAAAU